AUGAUCUCAUCUCACCAAUCGGCUCGCCCGCUUGCACUGCUCCACCUCCCAAACGAAAUGCUCGAAGCCAUCGCCUUAUGCCUCGAGACGCAACGGGACAUCUAUGCGCUCGUCCGGACCAAUCACCAGCUCCACGACGCCCUCAAUAGCACACUGUACCGCCGCAAUGUAGACGACUCCGGCGGCUCAGCUCUGACAUGGGCCGUCAUUCAUGGCAGAGAGGAAACGGCAAUCAAGGCAAUCAACGCCGGGGCCUCGGGGGGCGAAGCCUUAUGGCGCUCGGUACAGAAUAAAGACGAGAAAAUGGCCAAGCUGAUACUGUCGUCCGGCAAUGCCGAUGGGAACUUCCGAGACAGUGAGCAGGGCGAGACGCCGCUAUUGGCAGCUGUCAGACUGGGCGACGAGAGCAUGCUAAAGCUGCUGCUCAGCUCGGGCAAGGUCAAGCUUGAUUCAUAUACCGCCGACAACAGCUCCGCACUUAUGCUCGCGAUUGAUAAGGGCCAUGAAGAUAUUGCCAAGAUGCUCCUCGACCAAGACGGCGUGGAUGUAAACCAUGCGAAUUGGAGAGGGCACCGAGCGCUCUCACUGGCUGCAGCGGAAGGCUUUUUGGAUGUGGUGAAGAUGCUGAUUGGUAUGGAAAAUGUGGUCGUUGAUUUUAGGGGUCGCUUUGAUGAUUACACGCCACUUGCUUGGGCCUGUAAAAAAGGUCACCUAUCAAUUGUCGAGCUGCUUUUGGAUUCAGGCCGAGUAGAUCCCAACCCUAGGACAUUUCAGGGGUGCACGCCGUUUAUGCUGGCUUCUGAAAAUGGCCACAGUGCAGUUAUGAGGUGUUUGGUAGACACUGGGAGGAUCGAUGUGUGGGAAAGGCGUAACAAUGGCGCCACGGCAUUUUCAUCUGCUCUUGAUCAAGGUCACUUAUCCGCUUUGGAACUCAUAAUGGAAUCUAUAGAAUCAACGUCCGUCCAAAGAUUCGUUGAGGUCAGUCGGGAAACACUCACACGCGCGGUAUAUGCCCGGAGCCUACCAAUCACGAAACUUUUGCUGGACUCGGGGCUAAUUGAUAUCAACGAAGUGGAUUCGUGGGGCAAGACCGCGCUGCAUCACGCUUGCCGCCUUCAUGCUGAGGAUAUCGUUGCAUAUCUCUUACAGCGGGAAGAUAUCGAUGCCAAUGUGCAGGAUGAUACGGGAUUCACACCGCUCAUGGUUGCUGCGGCAUCGUCCCGGGGGUUUCGUACUGUCAAGAUUUUUCUACAGUCUGGGAAAGUCGAUGUAGCUCUACAAAACCAUGAUGGUGCCACUGCAAUCUCGAUCGCACGCAUCAGGCGCCGGUAUCAUACACGCCAACUCCUCGAGAGAUGGGAUCGGCGUAGCAAGGGGGAAUAA